AUGAAGUUCUUCUCCAGUGUCAUCGCCGUUACCAUAGCGCUACUCGGCGCCACUCAAGGUGGCGCCAUGCCUGUCGAGAAGCAGGAGCUCGAAGCUAGGCAAUUCGGGUUCGGAGGCUUCGGCGACGGUUUCGGCGGCGGCUUCAACAACGGUUUCGGCGGUUUCGGCGGCGGCUUCAACGGCUUUGGUGGCCGUGGCUUCGGUGGGGGCUUCGGUAGGGGUGGCUUCUACAAGCGCGACGCCGAGGGCGAUCAGACCGAGCAAGCGCAGACCCCGGAGGAAGGGGCGCCCGACGCUGCCCCCGCUGAAGGCGCAGCAGCGCCCGAGGGCGACCUCAGUGCCGCCAACCAGUACUACAGGCCCGGCGGCUACGGAGGAUACGGGGGCUACGGCGGUUACAGGCCCUACGGACGGCGCCCCUACGGGUACCGUCGCCCUUACGGCUACGGCGGCUACGGCUACGGCGGCUAUGGGUAUUAACUCAUCCUUCGCGUUCCAAAAUCAGGCGGCGAAACUCGUUCUGUUUGAGCGUCGCUGAAAUGGUUUGUGUGUAUCGUGUGCUCGGUGGUUUGCCCAUUCAUUUUCUACUUCUUUCGUGGUUUUGUACGAUAUCUACGCAGUUCUUCAUGUUGUAUUCAUUGUUUCAAGCAAUUUUAAUUUUCUUUGGUC